CUCAGCUUGCACUGCUCAUCAGUCAAACGCGUUUGUCGAGGUUGCAUCUCCCUUCGACAAUUGACUCUUCGGCAACAUGAGAACCCAAUGGCUGCUCCCCGUCCUGGGGCUCUGCGCAUCGUCGCUCGCGGCGGGCAACGGCCAGGCCGACCAGCUGCGUCAGUGGCUGCAUGGACGGAGCUCGGCCGACGUUGAGUACCGGGCGUUUGAGGAGCCGGCCAUCCACGCCAGGGCCAGCGAGGAGCAUCGCUUCCUCAACAACAAGACGGAGAGUGAGUCGUGUGCUGUGUGACCGUCGUCAGUUUGUUUAUUUGUUGGGCCUAUAGCUGACGGACGUGACCGUCCAGAGUUCGCCGUCAACGGCAGCAGCAUCCCUGAUGUCGACUAUGACGUUGGCGAAUCGUACGCCGGCCUAUUGCCUAUUUCCGACAAAAAAGAUGAGCGCGACCACCUGUACUUUUGGUUCUUCCCCACCGUCAACGAGGAGGCCAAGAAGAAGAAGGAGAUUGUCAUUUGGCUCAAUGGCGGCGUAAGUGCCCGCGCGCGCAUGUCCCUCGGACCGCCGUAGUGCUAACGCAGAACCCGUCAGCCCGGCUGCUCGUCCCUGCUGGGCUUCUUACAAGAGAACGGCCCCUUCCAGUGGCAGCCUGGCAUGAUCAAGCCGCAAAAGAAUCCCUGGAGCUGGCACGAGCUGAGCAACAUUGUCUGGAUUGAGCAGCCCGUCACCGUCGGCUACUCCAAGGGCAACGCCACGGCCAAGAAUGAGGACGAUGUGGCAAGCCAGUUCCUCGGCUUCUGGAAGAACUUCAUAGAGACCUUUGGCAUGCAAGGCUGGAAGGUCUACGUUGUCGCUGAGUCGUACGGAGGCUACUAUGGUCCCUACAUCUCGAGCCACAUGAUCAACGCCAACGACACGCAACACUACAACCUUGGCGGGCUGAUGAUCUACGAUGGCAUCAUGUUUGACGGCCAGGUCCAGAGCAACGUCAUCGUCGAGGCGUUUGUCGAACAAAACUACAACCUCAUGCCCUUUGACGACAGACACAUGGCGCACAUCCACAACGUCUCACAGAAGUGCGGCUUCAAGGAUUACCACAAGAAGUACCUAGUGUACCCGCCCGUCGGGCCGGCGCCGCGAUACCCGCCGGGCGUGAAGCCUUUCCCGAACGGCACGUACGAGAACAUUGACGGGUGCGGCGACCUGUUUGACUAUGUUUACACUGAGAUGAAAACGACGAACCCGUGCUUCAACAUAUACAACAUUGCGGACCACUGCCCGAACGGGUACGACCCUCUGGGUGAGAAGAAGCCCUACUUUGACCGCGACGACGUCAAGAAGGCUAUCAACGCGCCCCUCGACGUGAAGUGGUCGCAGUGCGUGGACGGCGUCUUCAACACAACCGACGGCGAUGAAUCGGCACCCCCGGACAAGUACGAGCUGCCAAACGUCAUCGAUCACACGCACAACGUGAUCCUGGCGCAGGGCAAUCUGGACCUGAUCCUGCCGCUCAACGGCGUGCUGCUGGGCAUCCAGAACAUGACCUGGGGCGGCAAGCUGGGCUUCCAGACGCGGCCACAGGACCCCUUUUACGUGCCCCUGUACCGCCAGCGCCCCAGCAGCGACUAUUACGGCAAAGCGCUGCCGGCGGGCGCGGGCGUGCUGGGGACGGCGCACCACGAGCGCGGACUGACGCUCGUCGCGUCGCAGCUUGCAGGCCACGAGGGCCCCGAAUACGUGCCAGCGGCGGCUUUCCGGCACCUGGAGAAGCUGCUCGGCCGGGUGCAUAGCCUGAGCGACACUGACCCGUUUACGCUACCGCAGUUGCGGAACAUUACGCAGCUGGAGAAGCCGUUAGGCAAGGGAACGGUGCCCAUUCCCUGCUUCGGAAAGGGGUGCUGAGGGGCAUGGUGAAAGUGGACUAAUAGUCCAGAUACGUUGGCUUUCAUGUAUAUAUACACACGUGGAUAUCAAAUGACUGAAAUUCAUUAUAAGAG